GGGACAUAUUUAGUAGUUACACCAUGGAGCCCUGCUCUGAAAACGUGAAAGCUGUCAGGAGAAGUAAAGAGGAGAAGAAACUUCUCCGAAAGCAAAUCAAAGCCAGUCAUACUUUACUGAAACAUGAGGGUAUAAGCACAGUAUCACAGCCCACCAAGAGCCUGGUGGUGGCUAACGGUGGGCUAGGUAACGGUGUGAGCCGUGAGCAGCUCCAGGACGUGCUGGGAGAGGUCGGCGAGGUGGAAACCCUGGUUAUGCCCCCACACAAACCCUACGCCCUAGUGACCUACAGGUCAGAGGUCAGCGCCCAGAGAGGACACGCCCUCAACGGACGACAGCUGCAGUGUGGGGACCAGAUUGUCACACUGUACCUGAGCUAUGUCAACACAGUGGACAGUGAGUUGUGGGGGUGUGUGGACCUCCCCCCAGGGUUGGUGCUGGUUGAGGAGUUUGUGUCUCCAGAGGAAGAGGCUCUCCUGCUGGAUGCUAUAGACUGGACGUCCCACAAUGAGGAUGUCACUGUGCAGAAAGUCCUGAAGCACAGGAGAGUGAAGCAUUUUGGUUACGAGUUUCGCUAUGACAACAACAACGUGGACAAAGACAAACCGUUACCUGGAGGUCUUCCCCAGGUGUGUGUCCCUGUGCUGGAGAGGUGUGUGAGGGACAGACACACAGAAGUCAUGCCAGACCAGCUGACUGUGAACCAGUACCAGUCUGGACAAGGUAUUCCUCCUCAUGUGGACACUCACUCUGCCUUUGAAGACAUCAUUCUCUCCCUAAGCUUGGGUGCUAAGACGGUGAUGGAUUUUCGUCAUCCUGAAGGCCGCUCGGUUGCCUUAGUGUUGCCAGGGCGCAGUCUCCUGGUGAUGAAGGGAGAGAGCAGAUACCUAUGGACCCACGGGAUAACCCCCAGGAAGUUUGAUGUGGUGCCAGCCUGUGACCCAAAAUCCCCAGCUGCAGUGACCUCUGACCUCAGUAACCAUAGUAACCUCACCCUAAGUAGGAGGGGCACCAGGACCUCUCUCACCUUCCGUAAGGUGCGCCGCACACCAUGUGACUGUGGUUACCCCUCGGCCUGUGACAGCCAGCAGCCUACUGCCCCUCCCUCGCCCCCCUCCCUUCCUCGCAGCCAGACUGACGCCUGCCGUCUGGAGGCGGAGUUUGUGCACCGCGUGUACGAGGAGAUCGCUUGUCACUUCAGCAGCACUCGACACUCCCCCUGGCCACGCGUGUGUCACUUCCUGUCUUCCCUAGAACCAGGAAGCAUUCUCGCUGAUGUGGGCUGUGGGAACGGAAAGUACCUGGGCGUCAACCCGGAUGUGAUUGCGGUGGGCUGUGACCGUAGCAGUGCUCUGGUCCAGAUCUGCUCUGAAAGAGGCUUCCAGGUCUUUGUGUCAGAUGCCCUCAAUGUACCUCUACGCAGUGACACCUGUGAUGCCUGCAUCUCUAUUGCGGUCAUACACCACCUCUCCACACAGAAGCGGAGGCAGGCUGUGGUUGAGGAACUUGUUCGACUACUGAGGCCUGGAGGACGGGCGCUGAUCUAUGUGUGGGCUGUGGAACAGGAAUAUAACAAGCAGAAGUCCAAAUAUCUCAAAGAGACCAGACAACAGGGUCCUACAGGCGACUCCACGGACCACAACAACCAGGAGUCAAAGAGUCUUACAGGCAAUACCACAGACGCCCACAACACAGCACAGGAUCUUUCAGGCAUAGCCACGGACUGCACCAUGGUCCACCAUGAGACAGAGAGUCCAGCAAAACUGAGCGUUCAUACCAACCGCACUGCCUUCAACUCCCAGGACCUCCUGGUGCCCUGGCACCUCAAGGGUGGAGGGAGAGAAGGGUGUAACCAGGGGAGGGGAGGGGAUGAGCAGGGGGUACAAGGCUCCAAAAAUACUUUAGACCCCCCCACUGAAGCCCAGGCCCCUGUCCCCAAUACUGCUCCCAGCCCAGUGUUUCACCGCUACUACCAUGUGUUCCACAAGGGGGAGCUAGAGGAGCUGUGUGUCAGGGUUAGAGGGGUGACCAUACAGAGAAGCUACCACGACCAGGGGAACUGGUGUGUCAUACUGGAGAAAACUGGAUACUAGAUAAACAAACACUUUCAAGAUUUUAGUAAAUGUGCUCCUGAACUGAUAAACAUUGAAUUUGGGAAAAUAUAUUAGCUUUUCGCCUCAUCAGAUAAAGAUGAGACAAUUAUACGAACCAAUUAACCAUUUUAUUAUCUCUGAUUUAUUGUAAAUAAUAAAGAUUGAAAAACAAAAUGUCCUUCAAAU